CACCUUCCUCUCUUUUUUCACGACCAGCAGUCAUGGACCCCAAUUUCGUGCAAGGGCUUCACAACCUCCUUCUCCAGUCGACUGCCAAUGACACUGUUCAGCUCAAAGCCGCAACUUCUCAGCUGAACAAAGAGUUCUACAAAAAUCCAGCAUGUAUCCCAGCCCUCGCUAGUAUCAUCGCCAGUUCUCCCGAAGUGCCAGUGCGCCAACUUGGCGCUGUCGAGAUGCGAAAGCGCGUCACGCAAAACAGUGGCGAUCUUUGGACGCAGGUGCCUCAGGCGGACCGUGAACAGAUCAAGUCUAAACUUCCCGAGCUCAUUGUUGCCGAGCCAAAUAAGCUCGUCCGCCAUUCCACUGCGCGAGUGAUCGCUGCCAUCGCCUCUGUUGAGAUUCCUCUCGGCACAUGGCCUCAGCUGCUACCCUUCCUCCAUCAGACCGCUGUUUCGCCCACCGUCGAGCAUCGCGAAGUUGGCGUGUACAUCUUGUUUACCGUUCUCGAGAAUAUUGUCGAGGGAUUCCAGGAGCAUCUCCAAAGUUUCUUCAAAUUGUUCGAAACUCUCCUCCAGGAUCCUGAGAGUGCUGAAGUCAGAAUCACAACCGUGAGGGCAUUGGGGACAAUCGCGCAGUAUAUCGAUGCCGACGAUAAAGACGAUAUCAAAUCGUUCCAACUGCUUCUUCCGGCUAUGAUCCAAGUCCUUGCAGGAACUUUGGAGACAGAUGACGAGGCCGGUGCGCGUCAGCUCUUCGACGUCUUCGAGACGCUCCUUAUCCUCGAAAUUCCGCUUCUCAGCCACCAUAUCCCACAGCUCGUACAGUUCCUUCUUGCCUGCGGGAGCAACCGCAAUCUCAAUGAGGAGCUUCGCGUUCUUGCCCUCAACGCGCUCAACUGGACUGUCCAGUAUAAAAAAUCGAAGAUUCAGAGCAACAGCCUUGCUGCUCCAAUUCUGGAGGGUCUUAUGCCUAUCACUACAGAGGAUGAGCCUGAAGACAUUGACGACGACGCACCCGCCCGCUCUGCUCUGCGCAUUAUCGAUGCCCUUGCGACGUCUCUCCCACCUACCCAAGUGUUCCCUCCUCUUCGCGCCCUCAUCCAGCAGUACUUCACCUCUCCUGAUGGCAAUCAUCGUCGCGGUGCUAUGCUCUGCCUCGGAGUUUCAGUCGAAGGCUGCAGCGAAUUCAUGACCCCCCUUAUGGUCCACGUUUGGCCUGUCAUUGAAGCGGGUCUUCAAGAUCCCGAUGCGGGUGUCCGGAAAGCGACUUGUGUCGCCGUUAGCUGCUUGUGCGAGUGGCUAGAGGACGACUGCGUCGCAAAACACGCUGUCCUUGUACCUGCGAUAAUGACCCUUGUCGCAGACCCUGUCACCCAACGUUCGGCAUGUACAGCGCUUGAUGCUCUUCUCGAGAUCCUGCACGACGUCAUCGAGCAGUAUCUUCAUCUUAUCAUGGAACGCUUGUCAGGUCUCUUGGAGACUGCCCCCGUCUCAGUCAAGGCCGUUGUCACUGGUGCUAUCGGCAGCGCUGCACAUGCUUCGAAGGAGAAAUUCCUUCCUUACUUCAGCCCAACCAUGGACCGCCUUCAGCACUUCCUCGUGCUCACUGGCGAGGGUGAGGAGACGGAACUUCGUGGUAUCACCAUGGAUGCUGUCGGCACAUUCGCCGAGGCCGUUGGCAAGGAUGUCUUCAGACCGUACUUCAAUGACAUGAUGAAGCAGGCGUUUCAAGGCAUCGAGAUGGGCAGCUCUAGGCUGCGCGAAUGUAGUUUCUUAUUCUUCGGUGUCAUGGCUCGUGUAUUCGGCGAAGAGUUUGCCCCCUCGUUGGCUGCUGUCGUUCCUCCUCUCUUGGCAAGCUGCAAGCAGGAAGAAAGUGGUCAGGAGAGUGGUUCUCUGGACGGUUUGGACGCAUCCGCCUUUGCAUCCGGCUCAUCGCCUUCUGAUGCCAUCACCAUCAUCGAUGGGUCGAACGCGGACGUCAAUGGGGAAAUCGAAGUUGAAGAUAUCGACCUUGACAAGAUGCUCGAUGUCAACAGCGCGAUCGCCGUUGAGAAGGAAAUCGCUGCUGAUACCAUCGGUACCCUGUUUGCUGCGACAAAGACCAGCUUCCUGCCAUAUGUUGAACAGUGCACCCUCGAGCUGGUCGGUUUACUACCUCACUACUACGAGGGGAUCAGGAAGUCUGCGACCGACUCGCUCUUGGAGAUCGUCCGCACCUUCUACGAGUUGAGCAACCCUCCGGAGUGGCAACCUGGUGCCACUGUGGCCGCUCCUUUGCAGCAACAUGUUAGGGAGCUCAUUGGGCACAGUCUUCCCCCUCUUCUCGACAUGUACGAGUCGGAAGAUAAUAAGGGCGUUGUUGCUGCCCUUUGUAUUGGCCUCGCAGAGACCAUCAACAAAGUAGGGCCUGCAUUCCUGGAUGGCCAUUACGAUCAAAUAUGCUCCAUCGCCGUCCAAAUUCUCGAACAGAAGGCUAUCUGCCAACAAGACCCUGACCAAGACGCAGAUGAGGAAGCACCUGAAGACCAGGCUGAGUACGACUCAGUCUUGAUCUCGUCUGCUGGCGACCUCGUUGCGGCGAUGGCCAACGCUCUGGGCGCUGAUUUCACGACUGCAUUCGCGUCGUUCUUCCCUCUUAUUUCUAAGUACUAUAAAAAAAGUCGGUCCCUCAGUGACCGUUCCGCAGCCAUCGGGUGCCUAGCCGAGAUCAUCUCCGGCAUGAGAGGCGCUAUCACGCCGUCUACAGAACCCUUGCUAGAAUUAUUCUACCGCGCUCUUAGCGACCCUGAUGCUGAAGUGCAGAGCAAUGCUGCCUUCGCGUCUGGAUUGCUAGUUGAGUACUCCGAGCAAGAUUUAUCUCCUCAAUAUCUUCCUCUUCUCGGUGCCCUUCGACCGCUGUUCGAUGUACCAGCAGAUGCAAACUCUGCAAAGCUCAAUGCUCGUGACAACGCAGCUGGUGCUGUCGCUCGUUUCAUCCUGCGCAACAGUGCCGCUGUCCCUGUCGACCAAGUCCUUCCCAUCCUGAUCGGCGCACUUCCGCUCAAGAACGAUUAUUUGGAGAAUCGUCCCAUCUUCCGCGCCAUCUUCUACCUGUUCGGUGCAAGUCCUCAGUUGUUGCAUGCGUACAUCGAUGCCCUGCUCCUGGUGUUCGCUCAUGUGUUGGACCCCAACGGGCCUGACCAGGUCGGUGACGAGAUCAGGGCCGAUUUGAUCCAGCUCAUUGGGGCAUUGAACAACGAAAACCCAGGCAAGGUGCAGGCAGCGGGGCUGGCGCCUUUCGUCCCUGGGGCCUAAGUUACUUAUUCUCGUCUUCACGCUCUCCGAUAUAUGUCUCGUUAGCACCACUGUUCGUUUCUUUUUCCACUUCUUUCCUUGCACUACCGGAUGACCUUUACGAUAUCCUAGUCUUCGCCGCUGUGUUCCACCUCCCGUAUCCCUGUGUUUGUUUUUUCUGUGCUGAGGUAUAGAAGCAUCAUGUGAUGUUGAAUGUAAUCAUGUGACGACAUGUUGACGCGUU